CCUCAGCUCAUCCACUGCCACUGCCAGCGAGCCCAAAAAAGGCCAACAAGGACGACUUCCAGAAGCCGUCCACCUAAAAUCCACCUGUAUUGUAUUGCCCUCAUCUCCCCCAUUUCUUCCUCGAGAUCGCGGCUCUCCUCGCCCGCCUUCUCCCCCUCCCGACCCAACCCACCACCUGUCCCACGCACCGACGACACAGCGGCCAUGAUCCAGCUGCUCUUCUCGCUGCUGGCCGCCGAGGCGGCGCUGGUGGUCGUGCUGCUCUUCCGCACGCCCGCGCGCCGCCUGGCGCUGCUCGCCGUCGACCGCAGCAAGCGCGGCCGCGGGCCCAUAAUGGCCAGGACCGUCGCGGCCACCAUGCUCAUCGUGCUCGGCUCCAGCGCCUACAGCAUCGCCAAGAUCCGCCGCCGCGAGGGCGAGUUCGCGCAGCUCACGCCCACCGACCAGGUGCUAGCCAGCCGCCACCUCCUCGAGGCCUCUCUCAUGGCAUACUCUCUGUUUCUGGGAUUAGUUAUUGAUCGACUACAUCACUAUAUCAGGGAAUUAAGGACGAUGAAGAAAAACAUGGAGGCUGUGACAAAGCAGAGCCGGGUCUUGGAAGAAGCAAAACUCGGAGGCACCGAGGAAAUACAAGGAUAUCAGAAAAAGAUCGACAGUUUGACUGAAGAGGUGCAACUGCUCAAACAGCAGUCAGUUUCUAAAACAGAGGAACUGAAAACUGCAGAGAGAAAUACCUUGGCUUUACGGAAACAGUCUGAAGGUCUGCUUACCGAGUAUGAGCGUCUAAUUUCUGAGAAUGAGGAAUUGAGAAAGAAACUGCAAACGGUGGAAGUCCGCUUGUCCAAUUCUGAUAGCAAGAAGAAUACAUAAGGGGAGUGUACAAUUUUACCUGUCAAACUUCUGCUAGUGUGAAUUCUGGUCCUCCUGUGUUAUUAUUCCCUAGUGCUUAUACAGUACUUACGAUGUACUCUCAUGUCAUUACUAGGUCCUGGGCAUAUAACUAUAUCUGUUGUUUGUAAUAUUUGAGUGAAUAUCACGAGAGCACAAGUCAAGUCUUGACUCAUAGUUCCAGGGAAUAUAAACUACUAUUGUAGUCUUGUUUGUAA